AUGGCGUUGAAUUACAUUGUUUCUGCUAAAAAGGCGUCCGUCGUCACGGAUGCUGUCGUGGGCAACUUUACAGUAAACCGGCUGGAGAUUGUGAAGGUUGCUUCCGAUGGGUUGAAGGUUGUUCAAGAAGUUCCUGUGUUCGGCAGAAUCGAAACGAUCCGACUGUUCCGGCCGAAGAACGAGACUCGUGACAGCUUAUUGAUUCUUACGGCGAAGAAUCACCUGGCUGUUGUGGCUUGGGAUAUUGAACGAAACGAAUUGAAAACUCGUGCCUCCGGCAGCGUGUGCGAUCGCGUUGGAAGGCCGAGCGACUACGGCCCAAUUGCUUGUGUGAAUAAAGCUGGAUUAAUUGCCUUGCGUAUCUAUGACGGAACACUAAAAAUUAUUCAAUGGGAAGAUAACAAGGAUCUAAAGUCAUUCAAUGUUCGAUUCGAAGAUCUUGCUAUUGUGGACCUCAGCUUUACCGAGACAUCGGGCGACGCGAUAAGGCUUGCAUACAUUUCUCAGGACUCUAAUGGUAGGCACUUGAAGACCGUCGAACUUUCAAUGGUAGAGAAGGAGCUGAAAACAAUUUCGAAGCAAGACAAUAUAGAAACGGAAGCCAGGAUGGUAAUACCCGUGCCGUUGCCUUGUGGUGGUGUGAUUGUUGUUGGUCAGGAAACCAUAUUGUACAAUGGUGAAGAUAAUGUAUACCUUACAAUAUCACCGAACACAAUGAACAGAUCUGUUUUCACGAGCUUUGCUCCAGUUGAUGCAAAUGGACAAAGAUUUCUUUUGGCGGACGACCAUGGUAUACUGUACAUGCUCGUAUUGGACGUAGACGCCAAAAGUCCCAGUCCUGGUGUAAAAGAUUUGAAGAUCGAAUCGCUAGGGGAAACGACGAUUGCGGAGUGCUUGGUGUACUUGGAUAAUGGUGUGUUGUUCGUUGGUUCUCGUUUUGGUGAUUCCCAGUUAGUCCGAUUAACUUCACAGCCGAAUCCGGAGACCAAUUCCUUUGUACAGAUACUGCAGACCUUCACUAACCUCGCCCCCAUUAGGGAUAUUGCAGUAAUGGAAUGUGACGGACAGAAUCAAAUAAUUACGUGCUCUGGAGCAUUUAAGGAAGGCUCUCUUCGAAUAAUACGGAAUGGUAUCGGUAUUGAUGAGGCCGCAUCGGUAGAUAUUCCAGGUGUAAAGGGUAUCUUCACGUUGAAGAUCGAUUCUAAACUUGACAACUACCUAAUUAUUUCUUUGAACUCGGAAACUCACAUAUUAGCUAUGAAUGGAGAAGAAUUGGAGGAUACUCAGCUUCUUGAUCUGGAGACGGACGAGCAUACUUUGUGGGCUGGAAUGCUAGGGUCUUCGCAGAUUGUAUUGCAGGUAACAUCGACCACUGUAUUGCUAGCUAAAGAAGGAUCUAAAAAAGUCGCUUGGAAGCCGUCGCAUAGCAACCUGAUCAACUUGGUAUCUGUAAAUCAAGGAAGUGGUCAGCUAGUUGUCGCUUGCGGCACUCGUAUUUACUACCUUCAAUGUGGUGAUAUGACCAUCACCGAGGUGGCGAAUGCGACUCUCCAAGACGAGGUGGCAUGCAUUGAUAUUGGCACAAUAGAGGAAUCAAAGGAUUCGACGAUUAUCGCAUUAGGUUUCUGGAAGCAUCACAGAAUAGCGCUGUAUUCUUUACCAGGGCUGGUUGAGGUAACUUGUGAAAGCAUGCCUGGCGAUAUGUUACCGCGCUCAAUAAUGAUGACGAAGCUAGAGAAUACGAUUUAUUUAAUGGUAGCCUUGGGUGACGGCACAUUAUACUACUAUCGCGUUGAUAGGGAAAACGGAGCAUUACUGGAAAUGAAAAAAGCUACCGUUGGAACUCAGCCGCCAAGUUUGAACCGCUUUUAUACUCGUGGUCAGAUGCAUAUAUUCGUAUGCAGUGACCGCCCCGCUGUGAUUUUCUCGUCCAACGGAAAACUUGUGUUUUCGAAUGUAAAUCUUCGCAUAGUCACCCAUGUGUGUGCCCUGAACUCGUCAUCGUACAGAAAUAGCUUGGUGAUGUCUGAUGGAGAGACCAUUGUUAUUGGAACAGUGGACGAAAUUCAAAAACUUCACAUUCGCACAGUGCCACUUGGGGAAUCUGUGCGACGAGUUGUCCACCAACCUGAAACGUCUACAAUGGCCAUCCUUGUGAACCGUCCAAUCAUCGUAUACGCUAAGGAUUCCGAUCGAUAUUCCGUAUCAAAAAUGACAACGGCAAGGUCGUCAAGUAAAACGACAUCUGGUCAGCGGCCGUCGAUUUCUAUUGAUGCAACUGAUGGUGAUGUGCACUCCAUUGUCACCCUUGAUGAUAACACAUUCGAGUACUUACAUUGUCAUGAACUCGGAACUUGUGAACAGGCUUUAAGCGUUAUUUCUACAAAACUCGGGGAUGAUCCGACGACAUAUUACGUUGUUGGUACAGCACUUGUUUACAGUGAUGAAACGGAAUCGAAAAAUGGUCGUCUUCUAGUUUUUGAAUCGGGGAAAGGUUCAGAGCGGACACAUUUGCGAUUGGUGCAUGAGAAAGAAAUACGCGGUGCGCCAUUCGAUAUGGAUGUGCUCAAUGGCAAGCUUAUUGUCGCCAUUAAUAGCUCUGUCCGUUUGUUUGAGUGGACUGCAGAGAAGGAGUUGCGACUGGAGUGCUCUCACUUCAACUAUAUCACUGCUCUGUUCAUCAAAGUGAAGGGUGACCAAGUGUUGGUGGGUGAUCUUAUGCGUUCUAUGACCAUAUUGAAUUACAAAGCAGUGGAAAGCACGUUUGAAGAAGUGGCAAAGUAG